AUGGCUUCAGAACAAACUGGAAACGCAAAACCAAUAAACAACGCAAAUAAAGAAGAACAAAUAAGAGAUGAUGCACCAAUAGAAAAUCAACUACAAGAACAACUAACUACAGAACAAAAUGCUAUGGAUUAUGACUCAACUCUAACAUCUAUUGCUUCAUCAUCAAAACCUGGAAUAUAUGAACGAUUAAAUCACGACAAACUAGCUAGUGAUAGUAGUCAAGAAGAACAACAAAAUUCAUGGUAUGAGAGAUUUAUUAUUGGUGAUGUUGUUAAGAAUUUUUCAGUUGCAUAUUUUGUAUCUGUUAUGGGUACUGGUAUAUCAUCAUCUUUAUUAUAUGAAUUUCCAUUUCCAGGUGAAUGGUUAAAAUAUUGUUCAUAUAUUAUGUUUGCCAUUUGUUGUAUACUAUUUUUGGGUAAUUGUACAUUAUUUAUACUAUCAUGUAUUUAUUUUCCUGGUAGAUUUAGGAGUUAUCAUUUAGAUCCUACAAAAGCUACAUAUAUGGGAGCUUUUUCAAUGGGGUAUAUAACGAUAGUUAAUUACAUAAAUUUAUUGGUGAAUGGUCAUCAUAUGUAUUUUGUUUGGACAUUAUGGUGGAUUGCAGUCUUCACAGCAGUUUAUACUUCUUUUUUGGUUGUUUAUUUAUCGUUUUUUUCAAAAUUAAAUAAAUCGGAAGUUGAUGCAAAAUUAAAUGCUACUUUAUUAUUACCAAUCGUUGCUAUUACAGUUUGCUCGUCAAGUGGCCAUGCUAUUGAAUUGGAUUUAUACACAACAAAUGAAACUGUAAUAACGAUGAUUGUGAGUUUAAUGUUAUGGUGUUUAUCUAUUUCAUUGGCUUAUAUGAUUAUGACUAUUUAUAUAUGGAGAUUAAUUGUUCAUAAAAUUCCACCAACUAAUCUAAUAUUUACAAGCUUUUUACCUGUUGGAUUCUUGGGUCAAUCUUCAUAUAGUAUUUAUUUAUUCGGAGUUCAUGUUAAUGAAUUAGUACCUCAUGAUUUAUUAUAUGGUAAAAUGUUAUUAUGCAUUGGUGGAUUUAUUGGAUUAUUCUUAUUGAGUUUUGGUUACUUUAUGACAUUUGUCGCAAUAGCUUCCAUCUUAUCAAAAAUUUCACCAUUUGCCAAACUUCCCAACUCAAAACAUACAAAUAGAUACGGUUUAUUAAAACAUCACAAGGGGUUUUGGGCAAUGACUUUUCCCAUGGGUACAAUGGCGUUAUCAAAUAUUGAAAUUGGUCGUGGAGGAGUUGGUGAUUAUCCAUUGUUAACAUUUAAAGUUAUGGGUUCUAUAUUCGCUGUUGCUUGUAUUUUGAUUACUAGUAGUUGUUGCAUUGGUGUUUUUCUUUAUAUGAUUAAGAAAAUUCGACAAGAAUUGAAUUACAAGUUUAAGAAAUUUGAACAUAAGAAAGAAACUGUAUAG